CCCUGCCGCAGUCUGCAUCCGGUUGAGAGAUGAGCUACCCACUGGACCACCUCUACAGCCACGGCUCCUACCGCAGGGCACCACAGGGCCUCUCUGCCCGGCCUGCCGCUUCCCUCUCCUCCUCCGGCUUCCACUCCCAGCCCUGGACUACCUCUCAGCGCCGCCGCCAGGCCUACAGCCAGACACCCUCCGCCGAUAGCUUGGAGAUCUUUAACGGAGACAUGACUCGGAGGAACGAGAAGGAGAUUCUGCAGACACUCAAUGACCGUUUCGCCGGCUACAUCGACAAGGUGCGGAACCUCGAGCUGAUGAACUCGAAUCUGGAGCAGGAAGCGGCUGCGCUGCGACAGAGCCAGACCGGGCGCGCUACCGUGGGAGAGCACUAUGAGCGCGAGCUGGGGAACCUGAGGGGUCUGGUUCAGCAGCUGACCGGGGAGAAGGCAUGCGCACUCUUGGAGCAAGACCACCUGGAAGAGGAUAUCCAGCAUGUGCGGACCAGGCUCGAGGACGAGUCACGCAGCAGGGAGGAGCUGGAAGCCAAGGCACGCCUAAUGAACAAGUAUGUGGAUGAGUCUGGGCUCGCACGGCUAGAGCUGGACAAGAAGCUCAGCGCGCUGCAGGAAGAAGCAGCGUUCCUGAAGAAGAACCACGAGGAGGAGGUGGCGGAGCUGCUAGCACAGAUCCAGGGUGCACAGGUGAGCUUCGAGGCUCGAGACACAAUCAAGGCGGACGUCACGAACGCCCUGCGGGAGAUCCGCGCUCAGCUGGAUGGACACGCGACCAAGAGCGCAACGCACGCGGAGGAAUGGUUCAAAGUGCGUAUGGAGCGGUUGGCAGAUGCAGCUCACUCUAACACAGAUGCGAUCCGUGGUGCCCAGGACGAGAUAGCAGAGUACAGACGGCAGCUGCAGAGCCGCACCAUCGAACUGGAGACCCUCAGAGGAACCAAGGACUCACUGGAGAGACAAUGCAUGGAGACUGAGGACAGACACCAUGGAGAUAUCCACUCACUACAGGAGACUAUUCGUCAGCUGGACGGUGAACUGAAGAGUACUAAGUGGGAGAUGGCCAGCCAGCUGAGAGAAUACCAGGAGCUGCUGAACGUCAAGAUGGCUCUGGACAUAGAGAUAGCAGCCUACAGGAAGUUGCUGGAAGGGGAGGAGACUCGGUUCAUACCUGGGCCAAGCCUGUACUCCUACUCCUCUGCCCACCUGAAGCUGAAGGGGGAGGAGCUCUCAGACACAGUCAUACUGGAGGAACAGACGGAUGAGACACAGGUCACUGAGGUGACAGAGGAAGCAGAAGAUGAGGAAGAGGAAAAGGGAGAGGAGACAGAAAAGGAAGAAGAGAAGGAGGAAGAGGAAGAGGGAGAAAAGGAGGAGGAAGAGGAUGAGACCAAAGCUGAGGCAGAAGAGGGAGAAGGAAAGGGAGUUGAGGAUAAGGGGGGAGAGGAAGAGGAGGCAGGUGAGGAGAAAGAGGAAGAGAAGUCUAAGUCACCUGAAAAGGCUGCUUCUUCUCCAUCCAAAUCUCCCCAAUCUCCCCCCAAAACCCUCCAGUCCAAAUCACCCAAAUCAAAAUCUCCCCUCCCCAAAUCACCUGCCAAAUCUCCCGCCCCCAAAUCACCUGCCAAAUCUCCCGCCCCCAAAUCACCUGAAUCCAAAUCACCCCAAGCCAAAUCUCCCCUCCCCAAAUCACCCGAAUCAAAAUCUCCCCUCCCCAAAUCACCUGCCAAAUCUCCCGCCCCCAAAUCACCUGAAUCCAAAUCUCCCCUCCCCAAAUCACCUGCCAAAUCUCCCGCCCCCAAAUCUCCCACAGCUGUGAAAUCACCAACAUCUACAUCUCCCCCCAGCAAAUCCCCAGAGUCUAAGUCUCCCCCUCCCAAAUCCCCUCUCCCAAAGUCUCCUGAACCCAAGUCCCCCAUCGAAGAGAAGGCCAAGCCCCUUGCAGAAGACAAACUGGCCAAGCAGGAGAAGAAAGAGAAGGAACAACCCCAGCCUGUAAAGGAGGAAAAGAAACAAGAGGCAGAACCCAAGGAGAAGGAGAAAUGUGAGAGCCAGCCUAAAGAGGAGAAGGUUGAGGAGAAGACAGACAAACCAGAUCCCAAGGAGAGCAAGCCAGAUGAGAAUCCCAAGACUGAGACCCCAACACCUGCCCCCCCUGCUGCCACCCCGCCCAAGCCUGCAGAGGAAAAGCCCGCCCCCGCCAAGGAGAGCCACGGCCCUGCUAAGAGAGAAGAGGAGAAACAAGCCAAAACAGAUGACACACCCCAGGUAGAGGUGAAGCCUGCCCCCAAAGAAUCGCCACAGAAAACAGAGAGCACAAAGGAGAAGAAAGCAGAGCCCAAAGAGGAGGUGAAGGAGGAGGAUAAGAAGGAGGACAAGGAGGCCUCUAAAGCAUCUGACAGUAAAGAGGCAAAGGAUACGAAGGAGGUAGGGAAGGCAGAGAAGGCCAAGAAAUCUUCUGGCACUGAAGUCAAAGACGAGAAAUCUUCUGGCACUGAAGUCAAAGACGAGAAAUCUUCUGGCACUGAAGUCAAAGACGAGAAAUCUUCUAGCACUGAAGUCAAAGACGAGAAAUCUUCUAGCACUGAAGUCAAAGACGAGAAAUCUUCUAGCACUGAAGUCAAAGACGAGAAAGCCAAGAAGUGAGUCACUAACACGCUGCAUAUGAGCCAGGAGAAGAGAGAGACGCCAAAGAACUAUCGGGGAGGGGGGGUUAGCUACUGAAGCCCUGAGCAGCCUUUGUAAAGGGAAGCCAAAAGGGAAGCAGAACAGAGCAGGAGACAAACAGUAAACAAACAAAGCAAUAGCUUUUCUCUAGUUACUAUCCCCUGGGUACUCAACCCUGAUAUGAUGCUUCUUCUAAUCUAUGACUGUAGUGAAUGCAGAAUGCUUUAAACUCUAUCUGAAUUGUGUCUAUAUGACUGCCCGUCAAUAAUAACAAGUGCAUUAAAACAGCAGCAUUGCCUUGGCUGGGAGCACAGCACAGGGCCAUGCACCUUCUAAAGCCUUCAAGGGUAUCAAUGUCAACAAAUGUCUAUAAAAGAUUGUGACAGAUCAAUAUAUUGUACUGUAUGUGUAUAUUCAUGAAGAUAUAAAGGUGUAUAUUAUAUUAACAACUAUAAAAAGCAGAGAAAGACUACAAACCUGCUCAUUGUGCAUCUUAAACAGCUCCCUGUCUGAUGGUUGUGCUGACUCACUGUGCUGUGGUCAGUAAUGAUACCUAGGCCAGUGAGGAGAACUCUGAAGUCAGGGAUGACUGUGCUAUGUAUAAACUGCUGAGAGUAUGCAAUACAAACUGCUGAACUAAUAAAGGUUAAAACCAAAA